AGGAAGGGAUCUGAAUUGACAAUGGCUCUGGACUGGACUGUCUGCACAACCUAAUUCAUCUUUGCUUGAGACUUAGGAGUGGUCCCAGGCCCCGCUGACACAUCUGGCUUCCCACCUGCUCUCUCCCCGCCCCCCUAAGCCCACGCACGGCAGGGGGGAAUUUCUCUUCCAUAGCAAAUCCUAGAGGAACCGGUGAGCCUUGUCCCUUGUCCCAGACUCAGAAGCAGCCAUGGGGGCCUGUGACAAUGUGAUAGACACCAACAUCUCAUCUGGCCUGGAGAUCAAUGCCACAGGUAUCACAGCCUUCUCCAUGCCCAGCUGGCAGCUGACACUGUGGGCCACAGCCUACCUGGUCCUGGUGCUGGUGGCCGUGACGGGCAAUGCCACAGUCAUGUGGAUCAUCCUGGCCCAUCAGAGGAUGCGCACGGUCACCAACUACUUCAUCGUCAACCUGGCGCUGGCUGACCUCUGCAUGGCCACCUUCAACGCCGCCUUCAACUUUGUCUACGCCAGCCACAACAUCUGGUACUUUGGCCGGGCCUUCUGCUACUUUCAGAACUUGUUUCCCAUCACAGCCAUGUUCGUCAGCAUCUACUCCAUGACUGCCAUCGCCGCUGACAGGUACAUGGCCAUCGUCCACCCCUUCCAGCCCCGUUUCUCAGGCCCCGGCACCAAGGCAGUGAUUGCCGGUAUCUGGCUGGUGGCCCUGGCCCUCGCCUUCCCCCAGUGUUUCUACUCCAAUGUCAUCAUGGACGAGGGUGCCACCAAAUGUGUGGUGGCCUGGCCCAAAGACAGCGGGGGCAAGACACUCCUCAUGGCACAUGCUGCCCCCACUUGUGUCUGUGUGUGCCUAUGCCGAUGUGUGGGCAUGUUUGCUGACGUGUGUGCACGCAGGCACGCAUUAGGGAAUGCAUGUGUAGGCGUGUGCUUGGGGGAGGGCUUUCUAUAUGCUCAGGCCAUAAACGGUCAGGAUUUGAAGGCAGAAGGGGACCGUGAUGGAGGACUGCCAGGUGGAACAGGAGUAUGCCUGCAGGGGCCAGGGUCUAAGAAGGAGGGCAAGGUCAGCGAUCUGGCCCCUGGACAGAGGCUAGGGUCCCUGAUCGGAGCCUCACUGCCCAUGGGCUGUGGCAGCCACAGAUUCCAGAGAAACGGUGGCCUAGGAACCCUUAGUGGACAGAGGGAUUCCCCUAAGUUUGUGAAGACCAUGGUGCUGGUGGUGGUGACGUUCGCCAUCUGCUGGCUGCCCUACCAUCUCUACUUCAUCCUGGGCAGCUUCCAGAAAGACAUCUACUGCCACAAGUUCAUCCAGCAGGUCUACCUGGCACUCUUCUGGUUGGCCAUGAGUUCCACCAUGUACAAUCCCAUCAUCUACUGCUGCCUUAACCACAGGUUUCGCUCGGGAUUCCGGCUUGCUUUUCGCUGCUGCCCAUGGGUCACGCCAACUGAGGAAGAUAAACUUGAGCUGACUCACACCCCAUCCCUCUCCAUGAGGGUCAAGAGAUGUCACACCAAAGAGACUUUGCUCAUGUCUGCGGAUGCAGCCCCCUCCGAGGCUACGGAGGCUGGGGGUCUCCAAGGUGGGACGCUGCCAUGGUCUGGAUAUGGGCUGAGUGGCCCUGCCAAAACUCAUGUUGAAAUUUGA